UCUAAAAAGGCAUUGGUAAAUAUAAAAAAAAACUCAGCUUCCAUGGGUUUAACUAAGCAGUAUCUCGCCUAUAAGCCAGUGUCGAGCUUCAACAUAAUUGCAAGUGUUCGGGCAAACAUAUCAUUUGUCACGAUCAACCAUGUCGUCGGUCGGUAUGUUGUGGUGGCCGCCGCAGAGAAGGUGCUUGUAUGGGACAUGAGGAUCGGCGAGAAGGUGGCAGAAUUUGUUCGCGACAAACAGGAAGUAACCUUCUUACGGACCAGCCCCGAUCAUAAGCAUCUUGCGGUGGGCUAUUCCGACGGCGUAGUAGAGCUGUUCAGUUUCGCGAGCAAAGAAUCGGUUUGUAGCUUUGCUUCCCAUCGUUCUGCCGUCAGUGCCCUGAACUUUGAUCUGCUCGGACUAAAGCUUGUGUCCGGCGGAUUGGACAACGAUCUAGUUGUGUCGGAUGUGGUGGCUCAGUCGGGAAAGUGUCGUCUUUCUGGCCACACCGCACCGAUAACACAGGCAUGUUUCAUGCAACGCUAUCACGACAUCGUCGUGUCCAGUUCCAAAGACACGCAGAUCAAGUUUUGGAACAUAGAGACGCAGUGUUGCUUCAAAACUAUCGUCGACCAUCGUACCGAGGUGUGGGGUAUUGUACUGAUGCGAAACGAUGAUUUUCUCGUAUGUGCCACGGCUGAUACGCAACUCUCCGUGUACAAAAUUGCUUCUAAUCUGGAUGAAACCACCGCUCCUGCAGUGCAACAUUCCGAAGAAGGCGAAAACUCUGUCAGUCCGUUCCGAUGUACGGCGGCCGGAAGCAUACAGCGGGCGGGACACGGACGCACCAUUAAUCUCGUAACCGAUGCCAACGGACAGGUGCUUGGAUGCCACGGUACGGAUCGGAAGAUUGAACUGUUCUAUUUCUGUUCCCAAGAGGAAUCCGUCAAGAAGCUGACAAAGCGCAUGAAAAAGCUAAACACAGGCAAAUGCAAUACGGCGGAAGAGGGAGGACGGGAAACCAACGUGCGUCAACUGGCACUGGCCGAUGAAGUUAAGCGUCUGUCCACGAUACCAACGCCGGAAAAGGUCAAAUCGUUUGACCUCAUACUGGGUAGCCGUAAUCAGUUGCGCAUCUGUUGUACGUUUUUGAAAAAUUUAGUCCAUCUGUUUGCGCUCGAUCUGGACGCCAAAAACGCCGAGCCCGAAACGUUGUAUGCGUUGCAAAAGCAAGGACAUCCUUCCGAAGCACGCAGCGUUUCGUUCAGCUCCGAUAAUCUCGCGAUCGCGUCGGGAAGCGCGGAAUCACUCAAGCUGUGGAGUCGCGCAUCCCAAACCGUUUUACGCACGGUCGAGACGGGUGGGUAUGUGGUGAGCACCUGCUUCGUGCCGGGUGAUCGGCAUGUUCUGGUGGGUUUAAAAUCUGGCCAACUGCUCGUGGUGGACGUGGUUCCGGGUGAAAUUAUUGAAUGCAUAGAGGCACAUGAGAAGGAACUAUGGAGCAUCGUACUCACGCCGGACAGGCACGGGUGUGUUAGCGGUGGCGGUGAUACAACGGUGAAGUUUUGGUCCUUUGAGCUGAUUGGCGGCAGUGGACAGGAGCCAAAAGUUCUCUCCUUGCUACACAAAAACACGCUUAAAUUGGAGGAAACUGUGCUGUGUGUAAGAAUUUCGCAGAACGGAAAGUAUAUUGCAGUCGCACUGCUCGACACUACGGUCAAAGUUUUCUUUAUGGAUAGUUUGAAAUUCUAUCUGUCGCUGUACGGCCACAAGCUGCCCGUCCUAACGAUGGACAUCUCGUACGACUCAACGCUCAUAAUUACGGGAUCCGCUGAUCGAACGAUUAAGAUUUGGGGUAUGGAUUUCGGUGACUGCCAUCGCUCACUGUUGGCACACGACAAUACCGUCACCGCGGUUCAGUUCCUGCCCAACACGCAUAUGUUCUUCUCCUGUGCAAAGGACGGGAAACUGAAGCAAUGGGAUGCGGACAGUUUCCAGAAAAUCAUCACCCUACCGGCACAUUUGGGUGAAGCGCACGCGCUAGCGAUCAGCCCGAAUGGCAAGUAUAUCGUGAGCUGUGGUUCCGAUAGGACCCUUCGGUUGUACCGGCGCACCGACGAGCCGCUCGUGCUGCAGGACGUACAGGAGGAAGAGCGUGAAGAGCUAGAAAACGCAACACUGGCCACCGGGGAAGAAUCGACCGUACCUGGUAUGCCGGGACUUAAGCUGCCGUCGAAGAAAACCAUCGGUUCGGAGAAGGGGGCAGAAAAUAUUCUCGAAUGUCUCGAGGUAAGCAAGCAGUACGACGAGGAAGGUGGGAAAGGUCCACUGCCACCGCUCAUGUUCGCUUAUUCGGCCACCAAUACGGACGAGUUCCUGCUGACUGUGCUUUCGCGUAUCCGGGCAAGCGAUCUCGAAGAGUCGCUGCUUUUGCUGCCAUUCAAUGCCGUGUGUGAGCUGCUGGAAAAGAUACCAAAGCUGACGAUCGCUCGGAAGGACCACACGGAGUUGCUCUGUAAGGUGGUGCUGUUCCUGUUCCGCGUACACCAGAAGCCAAUCGUCAGCAAUCAGGUGCUAUUGCCAGUGAUACAGCAGAUCGUACAAACUCUGCAAGGUGCGGUUGGCGAUUUGCGGGACAUGGUUGGGACAAAUCUGCAUGCCGCACAGAUGCUGCAGCGCGAGCUGGAAGAACACGAUGGGUGUGUGUUGUUCCGCGAUGCAACAAAACAGCGAAUUCAGCGUAAUCGGCAAAGGAAACGACGGGAAGCUUCGAAGCGUAAAUUACUCCAGAUCGUCAAAUGA